AUGAUGACUUUAUGUUAUGACUGUAGACUUGAAACAAUAAGUGUUUUAAGGGAUUUAGAGAUGUUUUUUUAUCAUACUAGUGUACAAAGUAAAAAUGAUAUUGAGAAAUUUAUUUGUAAGCUAAAAGAAAAAAGGUUAGAUAUUUUUCUUUUAAAUUUAAUUGUAUUAAUUUCCGUAUAA